UAGUCGACAGUGUGUCUGUCUGGCUGGUGGCUGGGAGUCGGACGUCAAUUAGUGGGCAAUAAUGGAAUAAUCAAAGAAGCUCGUGCGACAGGACGGAAUGAAAGUUUUACAUCUACGCAAGCACGGACUGUGUAGCGGGUUUGGAUUGUACGUCUGCCCGAAAAUCAUCAGUUUGUAGACGGUUUUUACGUCUGGACCGCCAUUUUGCCUGUUACAUGAUUUCAAUAUUGUAAAACGUAACUGUGGAAUGCAUAGUUGAAAAGCAAAAGGGCCAAGAAAUGCAGCCGAAGAUAUUUUCUUGGACGUCAUUUGUGGCCGUGUUUAUUGUCCUGCAAGGACUAGAAACGGAGGCUGACAUCUGUAUGUACCACGAUGGGAAACCAGAUGAUGGUCAUCCGGUGAAGCCGAACGGCAUUCUGGGAAAUGGCGGUGAGGUGUUGCCUAACAACCGGACAAUACGCUGCAUGGAAGACAACAACUUCUGUUUUACGUUCUGGACGGUGGACCCCGCGAACUCGACCAAGAAAACCAUUGCCAAACAAGGUUGUUGGAUUGCGGAGAAUGACAUGUGUGAGAUGAACCUGUGCAGGUCAAACACGCCACCAAAACGUGUCAAACACAACAAUGAGGCCAAGUUCUGCUGCUGCUCAGGAGAUCGGUGUAACGAGAACGUGACGGACGUUUACGACCCGAGUCUACAUACCACUGAGACACCACCGUAUCCAGUUCGUCCUGUCACCGAUCCCAAUUACCGCGAGAAGACGAUAAUUAUCUCCCUUGUCUCGGUGCUGUCGGUGGCGCUGAUCAUCCUCAUUGUGUACUUCGUGUACCGGAUGUUCGUCAUGAAGAAGAGGCCAUCGCUGGACUCGCUCAACAUUGUUGAGGUUACGGCUGCCCCGGGGAUCGAUCUCGAUAACCUCAAGCUGUGCAGUGUCGUCAGCAAGGGGCGGUAUAGUGAGGUGUGGCACGGGUUGCUAGGCAACGAGGAGGUGGCCGUGAAGAUCUACCAGUCGCACCACCGCCAGUACCACAACAACGAGCGCAUCCUGUACUCGUACCCGUUCAUGGAGCACGACAACCUUCUGCGUUUCUACGGCUCGGACGAGCGGCUGCGCGAAGACGGCACGAUGCAGUACCUGCUAGUGUUGACGUACGUGCCCGGGGGCUCGCUCAUGGCCUUCCUGAAAAACAACACCGUGUCCUGGCAGACCAUGUGCAAGAUGUGUUACACGGUCGUCAACGGGCUGGCGCACCUCCACACAGACAUCACAAAGGGAGAUAAGUUCAAGGCAGCAAUGGCUCACCGUGACUUCAACACUCGCAAUAUUCUGGUUAAGACCGAUCUGUCAUGCACUAUAGCCGAUCUAGGUUUCUGUAUUCCAAUGAUGGGAUCAAAACUGAUCAAAAACGGCCAGGCAGAGAAUGCAGAACAAUCAACACUGACAGAUGUUGGUACGGUGAGGUACAUGGCCCCCGAGUUAUUGGAUGGCGCCGUGAAUCUCAGAGAUUGUGAGGCGUCUCUCAAACAGAUCGACAUUUAUGCACUCGGUCUAGUACUGUGGGAGAUCUCCCAGCGCUGUUCAGACUUGUACCAAGGUGCUCCAGUUCCUGAAUACAUGCUACCCUACCAGGCAGAGGUUGGUGCUCACCCUUCGUUUGAGGAAAUGCAGGUGCUGGUGUCGAGGAACAAAGCCAGACCGAAGUUUCCAGAAAUAUGGAAAGAUACAAACCAGGCGAUCCGGUUUCUCCGAGAAACGAUAGAAGACUGCUGGGAUUCAGACGCGGAGGCCCGACUGACAACGCUGUGCGUGGAGAUGCGCAUAUCAGAGAUAAUGACCACGUGGUGCCACGAUACGAGACACAGAGGUGUGACACCCACUCUAAACCCCACCUUGAACAUCACCCAGGACUGCCCCAACAAGGUCACCACGACGACCGGUCUGAGCGACGACCAUGGACACAACAUCGACAUCUUCAGCACCAACAUGGUCGACUACCGCGUGCCCAUCUCGUCGCCAACAGAAACCAGUACCGCGUUGCUGCUCGGCAACUCUAACCACUGGCCGGCCGACCAGAGCAUGUCAGGAUCCACGAUGGACACCCUCCUCCCCGCCAGCCCAAGUGAGAGCGAACCACUUCCUCCGAAAACCAACAAUCUACAGCUGGCCAGGUCGAACAUCAUGCUUCAGCCACACCAGGGAAGAAACCCGACGGUCGACCGGAAUACUCAUAAACGUAGCGACGAGGAGUUGACGAUUUCGGGCAAUCAGUUGGUCAUCCCCGGAAUGAACAGUCCACCGGGUGGGGGCAUUAGCGGGUUCGAUUCGGUUAACGAUGACCUAGAGACUUCUCUCGUUCAGAACGAUGCACUGAAUCAGCACCGUCUCGCGCCCAUUCCGUACCUACAGAACCAGGUCCAUGGCGACCGAGAGACGCACACCACGACGACCACCACAACGGCAGCUACACAGCCGAAAGUCGCCAACCUCCCCGGCAACAACAACUCUGUCCCCUACAGACAGCUGCAGAGCUGCAGUGAUACCAAAUCGAUACGAGAGAAAGUUGGCCGAUUUUUCAAAACAAAGAAUCUUGGUGGGAAGCUUUCGUGGUGGAGCUUAUUUUCAUCUAAAUCUCGUUCUAAUCGCCAUGGUGACGUCGAAGUUGAUGCCAAUGGUGACGAUGAUGUGCAAAGGCCUUUGAAUCCAAUGCCAAAUGCUGCUGUGGUUGCACGCGAGACGGAGGUCAGGCUACAACACAAUGGUCACGUCUAUACGCGACCCAGUAACCUAGUUCUUGAAAAUGCUGUUUUAGCACAAGCGCGUGCGAGCAGGGCUGUUGAAGAAGACGAUGUUGAUCUGACUAGUGGAGGUACGACCUCUAGUGACGACUUCCCACACGGAUCCUCUUCUUCUUCUUCACGUGAUCAUUAUCAUGAUUCACGGAAUGACUUACAGAUGCCAAGGGCAGACCGUGUUGAUUUGAAUGGUGGGGGUACCACCUCAAGUGACGACUUCCCACACGGAUCGUCUUCUCACGGUUACCGAGAUUUGAGGAAUGAAAAUCAGACAUGUCGGAAAAGUGUGCCAUCGGAGAACAAAGUUCACAAAACACUAAAUGAAGGUUCGUUGAAUGGAACAACAGCAACACAUGGUGCCAAUAGCGCGAAGUCAAACUCAAGCUGUUACAAUUCUGCGAACAUGUCGCAGUCGAAUGCGACGCGGUUGCCUACCGGGGCGUCGAUGUAUGCCGAAAAUCGUCUCGGUUUCGCCGAAGUCGGUAUUGCCAGACUGAUGAAUAUUGGCCAGCCAACGGUGAUUCGACAAAAAGGAUCGGGCCAGUCUCAUAGCGCUUCGAAUUUGAGUCCCACAAACGGCUCAGACUCGAGCUGGCAGGAGCUCAAAAUGUUCGACUCAGUCAAAAAGCCCAGACCGACAUCCCUGGCGCUUUGCAGUAACAAUUACCGCGAAGAUAAAAAUGGUGUGGGCAUGUCGGCGCCAAAUGUUUCGCUGAAAACGUCGUGUGACGAGUGUGGAAGCGAUUCGACUGAGAAGAUUAGACGCAGGAUUAAGACACCCGUACGGGUGAAGGAUUCGAAGGUGCGACUGUCUCUGUAUGAUGACAGACUUAUGGCGUAUGAUGGUGAUAAGAAAAACAACAACAAUAACAAUGUUGUCGCGCUUAAAACCACCAGUCACAGUCUACAUCAGCUGAAGCAUUAUGGGAUUGUUGGUAGUGAAAAUGGAUCGCAAGUUGUUUGAUUCCUUCAACAGACAAAACGUUAUUGUAGAAAAACUAAAUUUAAUGAAAUAAGUUUUUCACUUUUUUUCUGCUAUUUCUUUUUUCUUUGUGCUGUUUCGCUUUAAAAAAAUGUAUGUGAAAAAUGUGGGGGGUUUUGUAUUUUCACGUGGAACAUAAAUUAAAAUCUCAAAUAGAUGAAUUAUUGUGGGAAUGUUGGCAAUGGCAGUGGAUCACAAAUUGUUUGAUUUCUUCAACAAACAAACAAAUAAAUUGUGCAAAACCAAAUUUAAUGAAAAAACUAGGGUUUUUUCUUUAUGCUGUGUUGCCGAAAAAACACCAAGCACAAAACAUUUAUGUGAGUUUAAAAAAAAAAAAAAAUUGUAUUUUCACUUUAAAAAUAAGUUAAAUGUCUCAUAUAGCUGAAGCUAAAAAAAAAUUGAAGUUUUUUAUUUCUUUAACAAUUUCACUUAAAACAAAGUAAGUCAAAGUCUGCAUCACCUCAAGCAUUAUGGGAUAGUUGGCAGUUGCAAUGGAAUGCAAGUUGUGUGAUUUCUACAUAGAAUUUUUAAAAAUUGUUUUGAAAAUUUUAGUUGAAAAAUUAUUUAGCAGUUUUAACUUAAAGACUUAAAAAAUCUGCGCACGUUUUAUGAUUUCUUCAUAAUACUUCAUAAUAUUUUUUUAAUUGUUUUUAACUUUUGAUGGACAUUUUUUUUUUUGCACUUCGCUUAAAAAAACAAAUUCAAGUUUGCAUCAGCUGAAACAUUAAGGGACUGUUGCCAACAUAAGUUUUAUGAUUCCCAAUAUUGCUUUGUGAUUUUUCAUUAAAAAGAAGAAAACAAAUGUUUUAAUCUUUUGUGGAAAAACAAUUUCUUGCAAUUUAAGUGCUUGCCUGACCACAUGUCAUGUUUUUUGUGCCAAAUUAAGAAUGUGUAAUGAUUGAUAUGGUGAUAUACCAUAGUCAUAAAAAAAAGCUUGAUUUGUUUAACGACACCACUAGAGCACAUUGAUAUAUUAAUCAUCGGCUAUUGAAUGUCAAACAUUUAGUAAUUCGGACAUCUCUGUCCUGUCUGUCAAAUCAUCUGUCCCACAUGUUUUCGCAAUACCAAGGUAUUGAGUGGAAAUUUUCUGUACGGUUACAGAUCAAGUUUGACAUUCAUGGCAAUUUACUCAGUUUUAACAGAGUUAUGGUUCCUGAACCUUUUUUUUUUUUUUUCAUAAUGCGUCGAGAUUUUUGUGCUGAAAUUUUGUGUAUAGCUUUAUCAUGUAUCUUACAGAUCACAUUUCACUUUCAUGACAAUAUACUACCCAUUUUUGCCAGAGUUGUGGCCCUUGAACUUAGGAGGUAUGACAUUUGUUUUUUGGCUUCUAUUUCGUAAUGCCUCAAGAUAUUGUGUAUAAUUUUGUUAUGUACUGUUACAGAUCAGAUUUGACUUUCACAGUGAUUUACCAUAUUUUUCAGCCUAUAAGCCGCUACGUCUUUACUGUGAAUUGCAAUGUGUGCUUUAUUAAAUGGUGUGGUUUAUUCAUGAAUUUUACAGUAAACUGCAAAUGCGUAUAAACCGCACCUUUUUUCUUUUUUUUUCAUUCUCAUACAAUAAUAUAGCAUACCAAACGACUGUUUAUUAAUUAAGCAAGGACUCCGUUAGGUAGGCAGGCCAGAAACAAUAGAGCAUCUGGUCAAAAAUAGACCACAAAGUUUCUUAUUUUUGUACUCACUUUGGCAGAGUUAUGGCCCUUGAACUUAGGAGAUACGGAAAUUAGUUGGGCCAAGUCGGGGACAUUUUGUGCUUUAGCAGUAUUGUUAACAGCGAAUGACAAAUGUGAAAAUGAAUUUAGUUUUAAUUUUUAUUUAAAAUGAUUCAGAUUAAAUGCCUUUAGUUUUUGUAUAUGUUAAAAUUGUCAAUUUUAGGCCCAUUCUGACAGUCUUUACCAAAUUAAUUUUAUGAUCUAACUAUAUAUAUAUAUAUAUAUAUAUAUAUAUAUAUAACAAAUUUCAAUGUUUUUUAUUGUUCAUUAUACAUGUAUAUGUUUAUUUGUGGUCAGUAACUAAAAUUAAUAGAGCCAAUGCUUCAUCACUGCAUAAUUACUUAUAGAAUAUUAAAAUUAUAGGCUAAUGUGCUACCACUUGGAAUACUGAAUAUAUACUUUGUGCAGUUAUUAAUUGUAAAAUUACAUUGCUCUCUCUCUCUCUCUCUCUCUCUCUCUCUCUCUCUCUCUCUCUGCCUUAAGAUUUACUACCAAUAAUUUUUUUUAUUCAGAAUUUUUUUUGGGGGGGGGGGGGGGGUGAGCUAGAACCCAGCCCACCCCCAAUCUCCGCUGUGCCUGUAAUACUGGGCAUUGUACUUUUCGGUUCCAUGAUUUUGUCGACACUACAGAAAAUGUUCAUUUUAUAUUUCAUGAAAUGUGGAUGCCUGAAGAAUAUAGAAACAUAUUUGUGGAAGCAUGCAUUUGUUUUAAGCUUAGUAAUGUUUAAUCAUAAUUGAACUGCGCUAAGUCUUGUGUUAUGAUUAUACGCACAAAAAGCCGUAUUUAUUAAUUGAUGGAAGAAUAUGACCAGAUUUAUGUAAACUGGUUGGACAUUACCUAGAACUGAAAUUGUUAUAUAUACCCCUGGAAAUUAAUUAACCACCACCUGAAAUCUUCUUCUUGUUCGGUUUCAUAUGCUCACUAAACCCUGAGAUGUGCUGCAUCAAUGAACUGGAUUGUCAGUUGGAGCUCACCAUAGCUUUUCUUUGAUGUUUUCUUUUCUUUGAUGUUUUCUUUGAUGUUCUUUUCUUCUGGUCAAGGGGCGGGGCGUAGCCCAGUGGUAAGGCGCUUGCUCGAUGUGUGGUCAGUGUGGGAUCGAUCCCCGUCGAUGGGCCCAUUGGGCUAUUUCUCGUUCCAGCCAGUGCACCACGACUGGCAUAUCAA